AUGGAUUACAGCAGUCUUGGAAAAUUAACCGAAGCUAAAAGUUGCUUCAAAGAACAACUAAGCAUUGCCAAGACAGUGGAAGACAGGGCUGAGGAGGGAAGAGCCAACGUAUCUCUUGGAAGUACAUAUGCUCCUGGAACACCUUUGUGGGAACUUGAACGGUACAAUACAUCCGCUCUUGAAAUUGCCAAAGAAAUGGAAGGAUGCUUUGGCACACUUCAGCCGAUACCUNGCUGCCUUGGAAUGGAUUAUCGCAGCCUUGGAAAAUUAACCGAAGCUCAAAAUUGCUUCGAAAAACAACUAAGCAUUGCCAAGAUAGUGGAAGACAGGGCUGAGGAGGGAAGAGCCAACGCAUCUCUUGGAAGUACAUAUGCUCCCGAAACACCGUUGCAGCUUCUUGAACAGUACAAUACAUCCGCUCUUGAAAUUGCCAAAGAAGUAGGAGACCCAGUUUUGGAGGGCAGUGCCAACCGUAAUCUUGGCAAGAUGUAUAGUCUUCUUAAAAGAUGGAAGGAUGCUUUGGCACACUUCAGCCGAUACCUGAGUAUCGCCGAGGAAUCGAAGGACAGAGCAGCCGAGGCCAGAGCUUAUGGCGAUCUUGGCAGUGUUUAUCUUGCUCAGGGUAAUCUCAAGCAAGCCAUUGAAUGCCAAAAUCAGACUCUAUGCAUUGCCCAAGAACAGGGGGACGAUGCUGAACAAGUCAUUGAUGUAAAUGCGGGUUUCAAGGUAUGUCGAGGUGCGUGCCCUGUGGUCUCUUCAGGGAGUUUAGAAAACUUUAGUUACGACAACGGCGGCCGCGAGGAAACCGCCGUGUAA